AUGGAUGACUACGACUAUAUCAUCAUCGGCGCUGGAAUCGGCGGUCUUGUUCUGGCAAACCGUCUAAGCGAGGAUCCCUCCGUCAGUGUCCUGCUCAUUGAAGCUGGCGCCAAUCGGAUGGGAGAUCCGCGUAUUGAUACGCCUGGAUUGAUGGCUACCAUGUAUGGUAACCCGGACUUUGACUGGGAUUACAUGAGUAUUCCGCAGGUCCAUGUGAAAAACCGACAGAUCGGUCAGCCCCGCGGUCGGGUCGUCGGCGGCUCUUCCGCAUUGAACUUUUCCGCUAUUGUGUACCCUGCCGCGUCGAAUUUUGACGCGUGGAAGGCGCUAGGAAAUGACGGUUGGAGUGCCAAGGAUAUGGCCCCCUAUCUUCGAAAGUUCCACUCGUAUGUCGCCCCUAGCGAGGCCACUGCCGAACUACUCGGCACAAGCCGGUACAUGCAACUCGAGAACCAAGGAUCGAAUGGUCCUCUUCCUGUAACUUACCCAGAUAUAUAUGGGCCAUUCCACAAGGCCUGGAAUGAGACAUUUGCGCAAUUGGGCUGGGAAACCGAUGCCGACCCUAUUGAUGGCCACAAACUCGGCGCUUUUACUUCCCCGAUAAGCGUCGAUGUCAAGACGGGUAAAAGAGGGUAUGCAGCGGCAUACUACUCCCCCGAGGUCGCGGCGCGGCCAAACCUACGGCUUCUUGCAGAGACAAUGGUCGAGCGAAUUAUCCUCUCCCAACAGGAGGGAGAUGUCGUUGCCACUGGUGUGCAGGUCAAGACUCAGGACAGUUCAUACGAGAUCAAGGCAAAGAAGGAAGUGAUCGUCUGCGCAGGCAGCCUGAAUUCCCCUCAGGUGCUCGAGCUCUCGGGUAUCGGCGGUGCAGAUCUUCUCCAGACCCACGGCAUCCCGGUGAUCAUCGACAACCCCGCCGUGGGCGAGAAUCUUCAAGAUCACAGUAUCGCGAGCGUCAACUUUGAGAUCGCCGAUGGCCAGAUCUCGGGCGAUAUCAUGCGUGAUCCCAACGUCGUACAGGCAGUCAUGAAGCUCUACGAGGAGACGCGCGGAGGCCCGCUAACCGGCAUACCUCUCAACAUGGCCUAUCUCCCGCUAGUAGAUGGAACCGGCGUCGUGCCGAAAGAAGAACUCGACGCCCUGCUCUCGAAAUACCUCGACAACGACAGCACACCAGCUAGCCUGCAAGCGCAAUAUUCUCAAAUCCGCAGUAUACUCCUCGACCGGAACGAGAACUCCACGCACUACCUCUUCCUCCCUGCCCAGCUCAACGGGAAACCAGACCAAACAACCAUCACCGACGUGCUGGCCAAAGUUCACCCGGAGAACUACAUUUCCAUCAUGGUGCUGCACAACCACCCGUUCUCACGCGGCUCGGUCCACAUUGCCUCCGGCAAGAGUGAAGAUAAGCCCACCUACGACCCAAACCUGCUCUCUCACCCGCUUGAUCUGGAGAUCAUGGCCCGGCAGGUGCAGUACAUGGGGCGCGUUUCCGAGACUGCUCCACUCUCUGGUCUGCUCAAAUCCGGCAAGCGCAUGCCUCAGAGUGCCAUCGAUUUGAGUGAUCUGGACCAUGUGAAGGAUGUCGUUCAGGAUCUCUUGUUCACGUGUUUCCAUCCUGUGGGCUCGUGUGCCAUGCUGCCGAGGGAGCUUGGCGGCGUUGUUGAUUCUGAGCUCAGGGUUUAUGGCACCAAGAACGUGAGGGUUGUUGAUGCCAGUAUUUUCCCGCUUGAGAUCGCUGGAAAUAUCCAGGCUACUGUUUAUGCGGUUGCGGAGCACGCAGCGGAUUUGAUCAAAUCCCAGUAG